AUGGCUAAGUAUGAGAUGACUGAUUUGGGCUUACUUCAUCAUUUCCUUGGCAUGGGAGUUGUUCAGACUGAGUCUAGUAUAUUUCUACAUCAAAAGAAAUAUGCUAGCACCUUGUUGAGCAAGUUUGGUUUGACUGAGUGCAAAUCUGUGACAACACCUCUGGUUGCCACUGAGAAACUAGCUAAGGAUGAUGGGAGUGGAGCUGCAAAUGAAGAACAAUACAGAAGCAUUGUUGGUAGCUUGCUGUACUUAACUGCUACAAGACCUGACAUUAUGUAUGCCUCAAGUUUGCUAGCUAGAUUCAUGCACUGUCCUACAAAUAGACACUAUGGAACAGCAAAAAGAGUUUUGAGAUACAUCAAAGGAACUCUGGACUAUGGUCUUGAAUAUGUGAAAG